AUGGCCGGAUCGACAAAGAAGAGAACAAACGACGGCCGUCUGGCGCCCCCUUCCAAGAAGCAAAAGAGGCAAGAGAAGAAGCAAGUCGAGGCGGCUUCCGAUAACGAGGAGAGCUUCGACGCGGUCAACCUGCUCGACUCCGACGACGAUGACAUCCUCAAUGCGACUGUUGACGAUGGCGCUCACACAGACGACAACGACUCAAUGAGCUCUGGCGACGAGCGCCCGGCUCCCAAGAAGAAGUCGACAAAAUCCUCCAAGACGACAAAGUCGAAAAAGAGCAGAGAUGCACCCCUCGAUACCGACGAAUUCGAGUCUGGGUCAGAAGAGGAAGACUCAGAUGGCGCACCGCGCAAGAAAAACAAGCGAGAUGAUCCCUCCGCGUUCGCGACAUCCGUUUCGAAGAUUCUGUCCACAAAGUUGUCUAACUCGAAACGCGCGGAUCCCGUCCUCGCCCGCAGCGCUGAGGCACACGAAUCAGCCAGGGCUGCCGUUGACACUGCACUCGAGAGCAAGGCUAGGAAGCAGAUGAGAGCCCAGAAGAAGGAGGCUCAGGAGAAGGGACGCGUGCGCAACGUCUUGGUCGCGGGCGAGGACGAGGGCACGUCAACGGGGGAGAUGAUCGAAGGCGAGAGGAGGCUGCGCAAGGUGGCGCAAAGGGGUGUGGUCAAGCUAUUCAACGCUGUGCGCGCAGCACAGGUCAAGGCGGUCGAGGCGGAGAAGAAGGCGCGCAAGGAUGGUGUCGUGGGUGUAGUGCGGAGGGAGGAGAAGAUCAACGAGAUGAGCAAAAAGGGUUUCUUGGACCUCAUUGCGUCUGGCGGUGGAGGACUCAAGAAGGGUGCGCUCGAGGAGGCUUAA